AUGCAUGAUCUGUUCCAGAUGAGCGAUCUCGGUCCUUUGUGCUAUUACCUAGGGAUCGAGGUGCGUCAGGAGCCUGGCAAGAUCACACUCUGCCAGGGAAGCUACGCCGAGAAAAUUCUCGAGACCGCAGGCAUGGGGAGCUGCAAUCCAUGCCACACGCCGGUGGAGACAAGGCUCAAGCUCGGGAAGCACAACGGCGGCGACGCGGUCGACGCCACCCAUUACCGCAGCGUCAUCGGGAGCUUGCGGUAUUUGGUGAACUCACGCCCGGACAUCGCAUAUGCAGUGGGGAUCGUGAGCCGGUACAUGGAGGCGCCGGGAGUGCAGCAUUGGGCGCUGGUGAAGCAAAUCCUGCCCUACGUGCGCGGGUUAUCAAGCAAGGGAACCCCAGUGAAAUCCGGCUACGGGUGCGUCUACCGUGCGAGGUUGUCAGAACCGGCGUUGAUCGGCUACAGCGACAGUGAUCAUGCCGGCGACGUCGAUGAUCGCAAGAGCACGACGGGGACGUUGUUCUUCCUCGGCUCAAGCGUCAUCACCUGGGCCUUGCAGAAGCAGAAGAUCGUGGCGCUAUCUUUGUGCGAGGCGGAAUAUGUUGCAGCUGCAGUAGCUGCCUGCCAAGGACUCUAG